GGCCGCCGCCAAUGGGACCGAGUCGAGGGCGCUCGCGAGCCUUCGCUUUCCAUGGCAACCGCGAGCGCCCGGGGCCCGCCGCCAUGGCAGAGCUAGGCCUUAACGAGCACCACCAGAAUGAAGUGAUCAACUACAUGCGCUUUGCUCGUUUCAAGCGUGGCAUGUGUCUAAAAGCAGUGGAUUCUUGUUUUCAGGACCUUAAGGACAGCAGACUUGUUGAGGAGACUUUCACAGUUGAUGAGGUGAUAGACAUGCUGGAUGGACUGCAGACUGUUGUGCACAGCGAAGUGGAGUCAGAGCUCAUAAACACAACUUACACCAAUGUUUUGCUUCUGCGGCAGCUCUUUUCUCAGGCUGAGAAAUGGUACCUAAAGUUACAGACAGACGUCUCUGAUUUGGAGAACCGAGAAUUGUUGGAACAGGUUGCUGAGUUUGAAAAGUCAGAAUUUACAUCUUCAAACAAGAAGCCCAGUGCAGAUCUUGUAAAACCAAAACUGGCUCCGUUAAAUGAAGGUGGGUCAGAGCUGUUAAACAAGACGGUUGCUUGUCUCCAAGAAGAAAAUGAAAAAUUGAAGGCCAGACUCAAGACCGUAGAAACACAGGCUACAGCUGCACUGGAUGAAAAGUCCAAACUAGAGAAGUCACUGAAAGAUUUACAGAUGAUCCAAGGAGAUCAAAAGACUAAUACGAACCAGGAUAUCACUGAACUGGAGAAUAAAGUGGCAGCUUUGAAAUGCCAGUUUGAGAAGACUUUGAACGACUCUACUGCAAGCCAAAAAUUCUUGGAACAGAACUUGGUGACAACAAAACAUGACUUGCUCAGGGUUCAGGAUCAGCUCUCCGCAGCUGAAAAGGAAUUGGAGAAGAAAUUUCAGCAAACAGCUGCCUAUCGCAACAUGAAAGAGAUUCUCACUAAGAAGAACGAACAGAUAAAGGAUCUACGUAAAAAGCUUUCCAAGUAUGAGCCAGAGGACUAAAACGCCAAGGAUAUCUGAUCUGUCAGAAGCUGCCAUAGAAAUAAAAUGUAGACUGGUAUUAUUUUUCAGUAAUUUUUGGUUUGAAUGGUAUAUUUUUUGCUUCUAGUGCUUAAAAUAAUUUUUUAUUAAUACCAGUAAGAUACUGAAACUCCUAUCUUGCUUCCUUAUAAACUCAAAAUUUGUAGAAAUUAGUUUAUGUAAUCAUAUUUUUAAUUGUUAAACAUUGACAUUCCAUGAGAAACAGCACACAGGAGCUUAUUGAAGAAGAGACCAUUCCUGACAAAGAAAAGAAAUUAUUUUUGUUAAGAAAAGUAAAAAAAAAAAAAAGGAAUAAAAAUCAGCAUUAGAGUUUUUUUGACCCCUGUAAGGUGGAAACUCCAGUAGUUACUUUUGUGUAGGCAAUCUAGCCAUGAGAUGGCAUUUAUAUGGGAAAACUCUGUCAGUGGAAGUAAAAAUUAGGAAGAAAAUUAAAAAAUAUGCAGAUUCUGUAAUGUUAUUUCAUGCUGAACAUCUCAUACCUCAGCAAAAUGUAGUCAGUUUCUUUUUUUUAGAGGAUGUUCAUGAGAUAGUGAGGUAAAAAUGCUUUUUAGCGAAAGUGUUAGACCUUUUUAAAUAAAGCUACUAAUUGGAGUUACGCUUUUUCACUUGAAUUUAUUUGAAACAAAUUUGAGCAUCAGAAUGUAGAUUCUGAUUUUGCCAGUAUUCUUAACUUUAAGAUGGUAAUCUGAAAAAGUGUAGGGAAGGUGCUAAUGGAGCGAUGUUCUUGGGAAUUAAGUUAUUUUGGAUGUUUUUAUGUCCUUUCUUAUUUUAACCCCACUAGAAAACAGCUUACUUCUCUGAAGUCUUUUGUUUGUAAUCUUCUGUCUUUCAUUUAUCUGGAAGCCUCUUAAUAGUGCAUUCUGCUUGUUCAUCUGUCCCUGUUCGUAUGUGUGUUGUAUUUUACUCCAAAUAAAAACAUUUUUUUCAAACACAAUCUUUAAGGAGUUGGAUUUUUCAUAGUAAUGUUUUGUAUAGCUCUUUAUAAAAAUAUCUAUGGAAAGGAGUGGCAGAUCAGUAAAGAAUCUUGCCAGAAAUGUGAAUAUGUAAGUUAUAUAUUCAUGACCAAAGUGUGUGUAUGUGUGUACGUGCGCACUACCGAAAGUGGCAUUUAACAGUGCUUGUCUCAGGAGCUGCUUGAACUGGAGUGGAUCACUUUUCCUUCUUCUUUCUCAAGCAGGCAAAGCUGUUAAAAUCGCUCAAGUAGCGAUGCCCCAAUCAUAUCUACAAUACAUUUGCAGUCUUAUGAGUUCUUUUGUUGUCCUUUUGCCCCCCACUGGUUAAGCAAGAUUUGGUUUGGGACGAAGUCCUGUGUCUGUAGCAUAUCAUUGUUGUGGCAAGAUAGUAGGGCAUUAUGGGGUGACAUACUUCUCGUGCAGUGUCAGUUAAAUUCAUGAAAGGCGUUAUUUUGCCCCUUCAACAGUCACUAAAAUGUGAAGUUUUUAAUAGGGAUGAACCAAAAAGCUUUCUGCUUGGUGUUUACUCAGAGCAAUUACAUUGACACCGACAGGAAUGCUUGUCUGGGUGAAUAUCGUGCUUUUCUUUGUAGUGAAACUCAUUUUGAGAUUGGUUAUUAUUUCUAGAAUGGCAGGUAAGGGGUGAAGAAAGGCAGAGGAUCUCAUGCCUUCUGCUGUCUUUCAUUUCUGACAAAUCUCUUGGCUAUUGACUUAGCUAGGAUGCUGUCCCUGUGAUAGGCCUUCAUUGUCUGCUUAGAAGCCGUUUCAACAAAGUACACUCUCGGCUUCAGAAAAUGAAUAGGUCUUGGUAAAAUAAAUUGGCUGUAGGCAAGCAUGGUUACAGACCUUGUUAUCUCCUCAAAUGAGAUACAAGGCAAUCUUGUAGAGAAUUGUGUAGUGCAAAACUGAAACACUGAUUCUGAUUGCCUGGCUUGCAGAUUGGCAGUUUAGUGAGUAUGGGAUCAGGAUGAUGCUGUCAUUGGUUUGUGUUGUACAAUGGUGAAGGUAAAGGUCUUGUGUGGGUUUUGAGGAAAAAUACAUCACCUGUCAAAGAUGAUGUACCUCUCAAAGUUAGCCUGGGGCAUUAUAGAGUAGCAGUUCUCUUUUUGUUGAGAUAGGUGCAGCGUUUUGAAGAUGACAUCUGGACCUCUUUGGAUUGUCUGAUGUUUCUAGAACUUCACUUGUUUUCCUGAAG